UAUCAUCUGAUUUCUCAAACAUUCCGGUUUAUUGUUUGAUGGAAGGGAAAACAAAAGAAACUAAAAAAUAUGUCAGAAAAAUUGGGAGAAAUCUGAGUGCAAAAAAGAAAAUCAAAGAAAAUCAUUUUUAUUUGUUAUUAAGAAAGAUAUUUUAUUAAUUGUUGUAACGACAAAAUAAUGGAAUGGUCAUUAAACCUCAAGUUUCCAAGAGAAGAUAUUUAAAGGAAAGGCAAAAAGUGCCACGAUUUUUAUUUCUACGUUGUCUUACACAUACUUAUCUACCCAUCGAUUUUUUUAUUAUACAACUACCAAUUAAUUGGUAGAUAUAUAUAUGUAUAUAGUGUUUGCUUAUGGUUGACGGUGGGUUUAUGUGGCCCCACGAGGAAUAGAGAGGCGUCCUCUCAUAUAUUGUCUAAUCAAGAGAUGUUUGUGAAAUAUUUCCUGGAUAAUUUACAAUAUGGAAGACUAUCACAGUUUCCAACACUGUAGGAGUUUUACAACUGGAUAAAGCAACAUCCCGCUUUAAAAAGAUGACCAGAAUGCUGCAAUUUGAUUGGAGGUUCACAAAUCGGAUUCCUCAGACUGGAAGGUUGAAGACUAAACAAUAAUUCACCGAAAUGGAUGUUAGAUUGUCUUCUAAAACAAUUUAUUUACUGCUUAUAAUUCUAUUGACAUUCAAGUUUUCCUUGGAAGAUUGUACAUUCCAGUCUUCUGUUCACAUCAAAGAGACCUUGGCACCUGAUUCAAAGAUUUUUACUUUCCCAAGUGACAGCCACAUUUCAAUUCUUGAAGGACCGAAUGAGUUUUAUGUGUUGGACAAUAAACUGUUCUGCCGUCACAGGAUUCAAGUGAACUCUCAGCCGACCAAAAGAUUUAAACUAAGAAUCACUUGUACAACCAAUAACAAAGUAAAAGUGAAAAGGGACUUUACCAUAACUGUUUCCUCUCCUGGUGUUGUCGAUACCACUUCAUACACAGUCAAAAGCUUGUCAGUAGAUAUACCAGAGACAACAUCGGUCAAUUCCUCUGUCAUAAAUCUGUCUGGUUUUGUCUCAAAAUCUUUUGAUAACAAUACAAGAAGUGGCCGGAAUAAUUCUAUAGAUUACACUAUUAAGAUGAAUUCCUAUAACGACACCUUUGUGAUGGGGGAUCCACAGAAAGGAAUAAUUCUGUUGAAGAAGAAAUUGGAUUACGACAUUAGAAAUACUUAUCACCUAAAUAUAUCAGCUUUGAAUGGUGAAAAUCUCCAGUUUGUUCUACUAACCAUUGCCGUAAAAGAUGAAGAUACAAAGCCACCAGUUUUCGCAUUUCUUCAUUAUUACGCUUCAGUAGAAGAAGAGGCUAUCAACUUAAUAAACACAACGCUUGCUUCAGCUCCACCUAUCCUGGCAUAUGACGGGGACAGGAGCAUUAACCAAACCAUCAACUACAGAAUGCAUAAAGGUACCAAAGCUGUGGCAUCAAAUGCCUUUGAUGUUGAUAACAGAACUGGCUCCAUCAUUCUUCGCCAAAUAUUAAACAGAGAAACUAAAGAUUCUUAUACUAUUUAUAUUGAGGCCUAUCAAACUGAUGCCCCUUACACGAAGACAGCCAUAGCAGUGGCCCACAUUACAGUUCUUGAUAUUAACGACAACCUACCAAAGUUUGGUUCUUACUUUCAGUCUGUAGAGGUUUUAGAAAAUCUUCCAAAAGGCUUCUUCAUCUACCGAUUCCAUGCAACUGAUGCUGAUAAGGAUCCAUUCAACAUCUUCCAGUAUCGACUAAAAGACAAAUAUGAUGCAUUUCAAGUGAACAGUUCCACAGGGGAGCUAACAGUGAAGAAUUCACGUAUUUUGGACCGAGAAACCCACUCAACACUGGUGAUUAGUGUGUUUGCUGUUGAAAGAAGUGGACAAAAAAGCAAAUCUUGUUAUCUCACAAUCACACUUUUGGACGACAAUGAUAACUGGCCAAUGUUUGGUCAGCAAGCAUUCCUCCUGUUUGCUACUGAACUGAAGAAUGGAACUUCCAUUGGAACGGUAAACGCUUCUGAUCGUGAUGUAGGACUCAAUGCAGUCCUUAAAUAUGGCUUAACAAACAUCGUUGAGUGGGGCAAACAACCAGCCCCCAUCGACAUUGAUGAAAACACUGGAGUUAUUACAGCAAAUAGUUUUCUAAAACCUGCCACUUCAUACAGGUUCUUCCUUCAAGCCUGUGAUUCACCAAGAGAACUUUCAAGAAGACUGUGUAGUAAAGUUCCAGUGAUGAUCGUCACCAAAAAUACAACAAAACCAGAGGACAAUUCCAGAGUCAAAUACAUCUAUAUCAAGGAGAACACUCCAAGGGACACCACUGUGGCCAACCUUAAGGAUGACUUCAAGGGUUCCAGUACUGGUAUGAUCUUCAUCCACCUGAAGAUUUCUCCGGUUCCAGUCAAAAUAAUGAAAUUUGGUAAAGUUGUUGUGAAUGGUCUUCUGGAUUACGAAACAGUUCAACAAUAUAAAUUAACAGUUUUGGCUUGUACAGAAACAACAACCAUCAAUAUGACUGUGUUUCUUCACAUCAAAGACAUCAAUGACCAUAUUCCAACAUUCAACAAACCAGUUUAUAUUUUUGAAGUUCUCCCAAAACUUGAAAUAAACACAACUAUUGGAUACAUUAGCGCAUCUGAUAAUGACAGGGAACCUCCGAAUAAUCAGUUCUUUUAUAGAAUUCCUGCAGAAUUCAGUGUUGGGCGCCAUAUUGUGAUAGAAAAUAAAACAGGAGAAUUGAUUGUGAAGAGAAGUCUUCAGCUGGAGGCAGAAGAAAAUGGUGAUGGAAAUGGUGUGGAAUUUCUGGUGAGAGUAAUCGAUAAAGGGAACCCACCUCUAUCAUCGUUAGUAAAAGUCAAGCUUGUAUUGGAAGACAAGAUUAUUGGUGCCAGCUACUUUGUGUCAACAAUGCUUUUGAAAAAGCAAGUCCUGAAUAAUAAAAGAUCUUUGGAAUGGGCCUUAACUAAGGUAACUGGUGUUCGUGUAAAUAUUGAAAAUGUCAUUGAUGGACCGACAGACAGUCAGGGACAAAGCUUCUUCUUUGGAGGAUCAACAGUUCAAAUCACAGCAACAUUUCCUAAUGGAACCAGAUUGUCCAGACAACACUUAAAGAGUUUGGUCCUGGAACAUAAAGCUGUUUUACAGAAGAUUUUUAAAGAGAAAAGUUCCAAGAAGCUGAAAUCUUGGAAUUUUCAUGCUCCGGAAUUAUCUCUUCUCAUCUUGGCUUGUCUCUUAUUUAUCUGCUGCAUAAUUUGUGUUUCCAUCAUCUACAUGAAACAGAAAGAAGAAAUGAAAAACCAUCAUAUUGUCCAUAAGUGCAAGAAAAAUCGCUCGUUGUAUGAUUCUACUGACUUGACAGUCACAACAGAUAUUAAUGGUCAGCAUGAAAAUUCUUCAAACUCUACCAGAAGCAACAGAGCCUCAAUAAUUAACCAUACUUUUGAGUUUGACUCUGACUCAGGUCGUCAUAGUAACGAGAGCAAAACUAAUCAAACGGAUGAAACGGACACUGGAUUCCAGACUUCAACGCUAUCAGUCAGCAAGAGACGAACUCGCCGACACAGUAAAGAAUCUUUAGAAACGGAGACCCAAAGUCGUCAUCCUGUGAAGUCUGCGAGAAUGUUGUAUCACUCUGACGACAGUGACUCACAGACAACACUGAACUGCAACAAAGAAAAGCAUACAUAUGAAGAUGUCGAAGACUCGUCUGAUAGUGAAUCAGAGAAAUUAUGGAGUAGAAAUAUUUAUGAUAAACCGGAUAAAAGCAUAUUAAAAGGGAACUAUCCGAAAAGUAUCAGUGGUUUAUACGAUGCAUCAGAUGAGAAUAUGUAUGAGAUUCCCAAUAUGGUGUCAUCAUCGAAGGACAGUUUAUAUGAGAUGUAUGAUAAACCAGAUUCACCUCAGACAAAUAACUUUUACGACAUUGUUGAUGAUCCUUCCCUGAAGGAUUUGUUCAGAGAAAACAUUGAUGAAUCUGAUUCUGAUUGUUCUCAUAUCUACAGCAAUGUUGUGACACAUCAUUAUGAACACAUCAGCUCAGACAGUGAUAUUCCCAGUGAGCCACACCCAGACUAUAUCACAACGGGCUCAGAGUUUUCAGACUUAACAGAUGAACCGUCAUAUUCAGUGCACGGUUCGCUGAGCACACUAUCCUACGCUUCCACAUCGACAUCACAUUACAACUCACAAUCAGAUUUACACUCCACAAACAAAUUUUCUAAGAACAGGGACAAAACUCUUCACAAAAUUAUAGGGCUCUUGGAACUCAGCCAUUCUCCAGCUCUUUCAUCAAGGGGCCAUCAAGCUUGCCCUCUUCCUCCACGAGAUUACAACACCCCAAGUAACCAGAUGUCACAUUUUAAAGCCUCCAUGACUCAAUUAUGAUAUUAACUUAAUGUUUUGAAAUUCUAGACUGCUGUACAGUUGAUAUGAAAUAGUCAAGUGGAUGAGGUAUCAGACUACAAACUCAUAGGUUGUGAGUUCAUGUCUGAUUGCAGGCAUUGUGUUGUGUCACUGAGCAAGACACUUAUUUCUACAUGGUUCCACAUAUCUUGUUGGGGAAUAGGUACCAGGUCUUUGGGAAAGUUACCUGCAAUAGACCUGCAUCCUAUCCAAGGAGAAAUUUGUCUUGCAUCCACUGUUAUUGCUAUGAACCCCACAUUUAAGCACCAGUUUUAUAAACCCCUUGAAGUUUAUAAAAAAGAAAUGCACUUAUUUGGGCGAGUGGGGUCUGUUCACAGUAGCAUCACUAUGAAGCAUUAUCAUUAUUCAAUGUUUAAAAUAUUAAUGAGGUGCUAUCAAAAUAUUAAAGUGGUGUCAUUAAAAUAUUAAUGAGGUGCUGUUAAAAUAUUAAAGAGGUGCCAUUAAAAUAUUAAUGAGAUUAUAUUAAAAUAUUAUAGAAAUAUUAUAAUA